AAGAUAUGGGACACAGUGACGUGAGUAAUAACACAGUGUCUGGCAAGCAGAAAAAAAGACGUUCCAAAGUAGACUUAUUAGAGGAACGUUUUGACGAGAAAUACGGUAAACUUGAAAACACUUUACACAAUAUUGUUGCAUUGUUGCAAUGCCAGUCACAAAGACAUGGUAAUUCAACGCAGGGGAAUGGCAAAAGCCCCAAAUGACCAGUUGCCAAAUUAUCGAUCGCUCCGCCCACAUAGUCACGUGGUCUAGUGAUAAGAAAACUCCGACAAGCAGAUCGCAAUUAUAGCGGAUUACGUGAGGGAAUUUCUAUAUUUGUAAUGAUGUAUUAUGCUCUUUUCUAUAAUAUAAAUCAUUUAAGCCGCACACUAAACUAAACUGCUUUGUAAAACGUUAAUACAAUCAAAAAAACUUUAGAGAGAAAUGGCGUAAUCAAAAUAAAUGAGUUAACGGCAGACUGACUAUCAGAAACGUUUCUUAUACAUAUAAUAUAGGGAGUUGAUGAAAAAAUCCGUUGUAAAAAAUGAGCAUUUAUUUCAUAUUAAUUUUGAACUUGUAUUCAACCGUCUGACAGUGAACCCGGUGGCUAUUCAUAUAUAAUUUUGAAAAUAUUUUUAUUAAAUGCAAAUUACAUAUCCAUAUCAUGAUGGUUUUUUUGUGUAUUAAAAAUGUUUAGAUCUUUGUUUUAUUGUGUUAUUUUUAAAAAGACACCGAUUUUUUUUUUAUUUAGAUAUAAAUUAAAUUUUGAUUGUAACCAUAUUUUAAAUACAGGCCUAAUUUCGUGGUUUCAUUAACAGAUAGUCUAAUAUGCAUUUUAUUUCAUUUAUGUUUAAUGCGAACCUGUUACAUUUCACUAUCACAAAAUGAAAUGUUGGUAUUUCGGUGCUGUUCACGAACAUUCGAAUUGAAUACAUUUAGCAUAUUAUGCAUUUGCUUAUUUAUAACAAGAUGACCCUUAUAUGUUAAUUGCAAUUUUUCAUUUCUCCCCGUAUCAAUAUAUGUUGUAUUAGAAAUGUUGUUGUUGUAUUAUAAGCCGUACAUUUUACACUUGAAGUCGCUUUAAGCUGGCUAAGCCGCGUUGAAAUCACCUUUUUGUUGUUUACAUUGGUUAAAACAAUAUUUAAGUUAACAAUUUAUAAUGAUUUCCAUUGUUUAUGAUCCACAGAAAAUAAAUAUAUAAUUGGAAAUCAUUUAAGUAAUUAAAUAGUUUUCUUUUCUUGUGUACAGUACCUAACAAUGCCUUAAUGUUCAUUCAUUCUGAGAUCCACGCAACAUACUGUCAUUUAUUAAUCAUCGACAAUUACGCUGAGAUUAAUAAGCACGUGUGGCAAUUAUUAUGUUGCCCAAACUGCUCAAUAAUAUUGUGCAUCAAACAGUAUAACACGUUUUAUAGAACACACACCUGGUGUAGUUAAACUAUUUAUUGUGUUUGUUUUCUCAUUACUCGUUCAUAUGUUCAAGAAAUAAAGAUAAAAUAAUAACCUUUUAUAAAGUAUGUAUAGCACCUACAAUUUUGAAUAAUGAUCGAACAGUAAUGAUCAUGCAUUUGAUAUUAAAUCUGUGUAAACUCUUAAAAAUUACGUCCAUUCCAUAUGUACAACACGCUUUGUUUGUCGGACAAAAUGGCGGCCAGAUAAACGUUGCUGAGGGGUGUGUGAAAAAUCGAUAUCUUAUUGGCUGAUCGACAAAAUGUGGGCGGAGUUGGCGACUGGUCAAUUAUGACCAGGGGAGUGAUAAAAGCCCCAAUUAUGAAGAGAGAACUGGUCAAAGUUCCACAAGUAAUCGUCAAGACGACGUGCUUUCCAUUCAUCCUGCUUCCUCUGAACAUUUUUCGUUGUCUGAUUCAGAAGAGGAAGACACAGAGCACAGUGCGAGUGUACGCAGGUGUUUGAAAGACAUUUUUGGAGAAGAUGCAUGUUUGAAAAAAGAUGCACAAAAGCCAACUGGCAUUUGCUUAGAAAAGUCACGGAAAGAAAUUUUUGGAACAAAGCUAUCGGUCUAAGACACCUAAUAAUGUAACAGCCUUUUCUUAAGAGUGCAAAGAUUUAUUUCCAGUUGAUGAAGACACUGAACAUUUUUUACGUGUACCUACAUUGGACGAUAUUGUAGACACGUGUCUAACAAAGAAGUUUGGUUCUAGAGCUUCAUUCGCUAAACAUGGAACUUUUCUGUUUUCACAACCAAACAAAAUGGUGGAGAAGACCGCAUACAGAGGACAACAAAGUGUAUACAUGGGUAUUGUUACACAGAUGUACAUGCAACAAGCUCUUGCAAUGUUAAUGGACAUGGUUACAGAUAAACCAGACAUUGAGAAAAAAGUGAAUGACAUUUUUGCUUUAUCCACAAGAAGUCUAGAUCAAUUUGGUAGAGCAGGAGCAUUUUUUCAUAUCAUACGUAGACAAGUCACAAUGAGCGAGACUUCUUUAUAUGAACUUGAUGAUUCAAGGACAAUCAGUAACCUACCCUUGAGAGGGGACGGGGUGUUUGGUGAAGAAAUGGAAAAGACUCUCAAACAAAAGAAAGACAAAAGAAAACACUUGAAGAGUUAUUGCCGGAAAAAUUGCAAAAGAAGGAAACAUUUAAGAGGAAAGCCAGUGACCAGACAGAACAACAAACAUCUGUCAAAAGACAAUAUGUUAAGACAAAUACAAGAAUGGGUGUUCAGCCAAAUGAAUACAACAGUGCGCCACCUACAUUUCGCAUUCCAAAAUACAAUGCGGAAUCACGAAGUACUUUUCGAACGGAGCACAGAUCUGGUAGCUCGAGAGGUCGGGGCAGCUAUACAGCCAAUAACAGACCAAGGGCUACAGUGUCCAAGUUUAUGAAAAAAAACACGUCAAUUUUCAACCAAAAUGUGUGUUUUGCUGGAUACAUAAGAUAUGUAUCGCUACAUGUGCCGGAAAAUGCCAAUGCGACGUUGUUUUAGACUUAUUCUGCGGAGAAAACGGUAUUCCUUGACAUGUGCGUGCUCAACAACAAUUGUUCAAGAAGUUGUCCGUGUACAACAGCCAUGUGCGUGCUCAACAGCAAUCGUUAAAACCAAUCGAAACUCAACUUUACCUUGAAAAUAAAGCCAUUAGCAAUCGAUGUAUCCAUUUUUUGUAAGUUUCAAUGAUUCCACAUGCACAACUGGUACUUAAACAGUGCUAAUUAUUGUGAAAACAUUGAUAUUAUUGUAAGUGCGUGUACAACAGCAAUUGACGGUUCAAGAAAUCGCAAAAUAUUCCAUUAGUAAUCUCCACACUCCGACCAACCAGAGGGAAACGGUUGAUACUCUAUGAAACCGCUUCCGGCUGGCCAUAUGAUAGGCGUUAUCCGAUAAAAAACAACCACGCACUGCCAUCUUUCACGUAAUAUCAAGCGUACAUGGGCGCUAUGUUCGAUGGCAGUCGAGUGUUCUACACCGAGAAUCGCUACAAUACGACCUUCACCUUUGUACAUUUGGACCCUACCAAUAUCACAGAAAUUGCUUCGGUUGAUAUUGGCUACACGAAUCUCAGACGGUCUUUCGACCUGGUGCGUGACGGCAUCGCGUGCAGUAACGGCAUUAUCUACGUCAUCGACGGCUUCCUGAACUUCCCGCUGAAUGACGCUCACUUUGAGUUGACGCAUCAACCGGAUGUUAGUCUUGGAAGCGAUCAGCUGCUGAAGCUUACACCGAGCGACUCCGGUAUCGAUCUGACGUCAUUGAAGACCAUGUACACGGUGUUCGUUCCCUCGGACUCUUCGCUGGACCCGCAGCAUCUCAGUAGGCCGGAACUGGAGUACAUAAACGCCAACCUCACCAAGGACGCGAAGAUGGCAGUACAGCCAUUUGUUUUUCUUCUUUAUAACGUACCCAUCGUUCGCCGCCAUAUCGUCCCCAACCAAAAGGUGGAUUACGACAGCAUCAUCGACGGGUCCUUCGGCGCCUACGCAGGCAGCAUAAAUAUCACAGUGAUAGCUAGAACUGACGGGUUUUAUCUCCGUUGGGAUGACAUCGAAGCCAAGAUCGUCAAACCAAACAUUUUAGCCAUUAACGCAAUAAUACACGUGGUGGAUCGGUUCCUCAUGACGUCACCAUACCAGACCACCACACUUCCGCCAACGACGUCGACGACUACUCAAAAACCUGUAUCAUCCGGUCAUACUAUACACGGCUCAGUUCACGCCCAUUAUGCCUUAUUUAUUAUUUAUUUCGCGUAUUUCAUUUGUUUCGUGUUUUCACAAGUUGUCAAGUAUUUGAAUGUUUGUAGAUGAUGCAAGUGAAAUAUUUCAUGAAUUGUUUCGUUUUUUUUCUUUGAAAUACGUUGUGUUCUAUUUUUAUUGUAUACAACGCAACAACAUUUGAGGUCAUGAUGCAUACUUGAUUAUGUAUUAUACUUUGAAUUGUUCACGCGCCCUUUAUUUUAAGAAACGAUUGAUUGUUUAUUUUUGUUUGCUUGUAUUUUUUUUUUGCUGAACAAGUGAUCUUAAUGUGUGGCGAUGAAACCGUCUUCCAUCUUGAAUAAUUCGGGUUUUGUUUUAUUACUUAUAUUGUUUGAAAUAAACAUGUGUUCAAUUACUUAAUUAUGAGUAAUGCAUGAGUAUCAUGAAUCAUGUAUUGUUUUCAGAUUAUUUUGUGUUUAUUACAUGCUUGACUGUUGUAACGAUUUUAGUUAUAGCAUUUUAAUACAUGUACUAUUAAACGAUUUCAGGAU